UACCUGCGUCAGCUGUGCUCGCCGCGGGAAACCUGACAAGCCGCAUGGCUGCGGGUUGUUCAGAGGCUCCGCCGCCAAAGGCGGCCUCUGAGGGGCCGGUGGUGGGACAGGCCGGCGUCUUGCCUUGCCUGGAGCUGCCGACUUAUGCUGCCGCCUGUGCGCUGGUGAGUAGCCGGUACUCUUGCCUGGUGGCGGGCCCGCACCGAAGACACAUCGCCCUGUCGCCGCGCUACCUUAACCGGAAACGCACCGGUAUCCGGGAACAGCUAGAUGCGGAGCUCCUGCGCUAUUCCGAGAGCCUUUUAGGUGUCCCCAUUGCAUAUGACAACAUCAAAGUAGUGGGUGAACUGGGAGAUAUUUAUGAUGAUCAAGGACACAUUCAUCUUAACAUCGAAGCAGAUUUUGUUAUUUUCUGUCCUGAACCGGGACAAAAGCUUAUGGGUACGGUUAAUAAAGUGUCCUCCAGCCACAUUGGCUGUUUAGUACAUGGGUGUUUCAAUGCCUCCAUCCCUAAACCUGAGCAUAUGCCUGCUGAACAGUGGCAGAAUCUGGAGAUAAACGUGGGUGAUGAACUAGAAUUUGAAGUAUUUCGUUUGGACUCAGAUGCUGCUGGAGUAUUCUGCAUUCGGGGAAAAUUAAAUAUCACUAGUUUACAGACCAAGUGCUCUGGAGUUUCUGAAGAAAUAACAGAAGCUGGCCCUGAAGAAAUUAUUGAAAAACCUCUCAAAAAGAAAAAGAAAAAGAAGAAAGACCCAGAGUCAUAUGAAGUGGAAAGUGGUAAUAGAGAGCUAGCAGAUUAUGCAGAUGCCACAAUGAACAAAGAGACAGACCUGCAGAUUGAUAAUGACCUCUGGAAGGAUGAACCAAAGAAGAAGAAGAAGAAAAAGCACCAGGAAGAUCAGGACCAGGAUCCUGUUUUCCAAGGCAGUGACUCCAGCGGUUACCAGAGUGACCAUAAAAAGAAAAAAAAGAAAAGAAAACACAGUGAGGAAGCUGAAUUCACCCCACUUUUGGAACACUCACCUAAAAAGAAAAGGGAAAAGUAAUUUUCUUUAAUGCAUUUUAAAUAUUCAGCUUUUUAAAGAUUUAGAUAAAAGAUGGAUAAAUGUGGGAAUGGUAUGAAAUGCUCGUGUAUUCCUGUAGUCUACAAAACAGGAAACAUUUGAUUAGGAGUUUUUGGUGCUUAAAUUAUUAAUGUGAUCAUUACCGUGGGAAACACCAAUAUUAUUAAACAGCCAUUUUAUUGUAUACAAAAUAAAAAGGUAAGAGUUACUCUUUCAAGUCUUAACAUUUUCCCAGUUUUUACAUUUCAAAUAAAAUUAUUUCUAUACUCUGAAGACUGGCAAAAGGACUUUGUAAUAUAGUGUUAUUCAUAUCAUUUAAGAAUGAGUUGGA